AUGAUCGUUCACAGUCAACCUUCGUUUCAACCUCGUCCAGUAGCUGUGACUGAGGCGGGAUAUCCGGAUGCUGUGUGGAAGCAAAGACCUCCAAGGAAAAGCUUUGGAUCAAGCAGGACAAGCUUCACUGGAAGGAAUCGAUUUUGGUCAGAGGGGUCGCCGCGUAGGCCACUCAUUUCUGCACCUUCUGAUUUUCGACAUUUACAAUCGGGCUCAUUUCAGUUCCCCCCUGAUGUAUCCCCAUCCGAUUGUCAGCCAAGUCCCCGACAAUAUCAAUGCCAUGAGGAUGAAUUUGAGGAGCAUGAGAGCUGCUUUCGUCCACUCGAACUGAGCAUAUACUCGACGGAUCGCCAUAUAUCACCUCUUCUGCCACAUUUUGAGUUUCCCAGAAUUACAACACCUCCACCUCCACCUCCACCAGCAUACUGUGCAGAACGUUCCGAAGACUGUCACCAGUUGUCUCUUCAACGUAGUAACACCUCUAUAUCGUUUCACGUUCCUCGAAGACAUCAUGUUGACGCCUCUCGGUCCGUCACUGAAGAAGAACUUCCUCCGCAAAUUCCUGCCAAGUCUAGAUAUCGAGUCCGUGCUUAUACCGGUCCUGAGGUAGAAGCUAUCAAGGAGCGUGUAGCAAGUGCCUUGAUUGAGGUCGAUAUCCUGCAAAAACAAAUCGACAACGUCAUCGAAAGACAAAGCAUCUACGUCAACAGUCGUCCUUCAACCGCGCAUUCGAUAGCCCGCGUACAUGACCUAGAACCCAUGCCCUCUAUUCCUGCUCUGCCGCCCACAGCUCCGUCAUUUGCUGAGCGCCUGAAUGCUGAUGUAGAGCGACCUCAAACUGCACCAAUUAAGACGUCAGUCAACGCAACGCUGAGUCACAGGAAGACGACGCCUGAGGACAAUUUUAGGGCUACCAUGAAGCAGAACCAAGCCAUGUGUGAGAGCCAAAUUCUGCCGCCGCCACUACCACUUGUCCUUCGACCGCCAUUGCGGAAAAAGAAAUCCUUUUCACGUGUGUCCGCCUGGCUGUUCCCUGGUCAGGAUCAGGGCAAAACCGUAGGCCUUGAUGCCGUCACGAACAAGCCGGGGCCGGUUAAGAAUAAAGGAGGAUUUUAUCAAAUUGUUUCUUCCAAAGGCACAGUAGGGCAACGAAGCUGCGAGUCGAUUGAUAGUAUAUCAACAUGGCAAACCGGGGAUGAACAGCACACGACUCCAUCAAUAUCCUCGCGCGAAAGCACGCCGGCGUCAAAGCACGAGGAACACCAUGAAAUAGAACGGAGAGCAACCUUUGGCAAAAACGAUGCCAGAAUUGGACAGCCGCCGGUUGGCGUCAUUGCAAGGUGA